AUGGCUGAAAGGAAUAGCACCAGGGUGAUGGAAUUCAUUCUUUUGGGUUUUUCAGUCCAAAGAGAGAUUGAAAUCCUUCUCUUUCUGCUCAUUUUAGUGGUAUACACCCUAACUUUGGUAGGGAACCUUGGGAUAAUUUCAUUAAUCUGUCUGGAUUCUCGGCUUCACACACACUUUUUUCUCAGUAACCUGGCUUUUGUAGACCUAUGCUACUCCUCGUCAAUAGCCCCCAAGUUCCUGGAGACCCUUCUGACCAAGCACAGGUCUAUAUCUUUCUAUGCAUGUGCAACACAGCUGGGCUUUUUCCUGAACUUCUUGAUUUCAGAGAUGUUCCUUCUUGCAGUCAUGGCUUAUGACCGCUAUGUAGCCAUCUGCAGUCCUCUUCUCUACCUGGUGACCAUGUCCCAAAAGGUGUGUGUGCAGCUGGUCAUGGGCCCCUACUUAUACAGCUUUUUUGGUGCUUUGCUCCACACGGUAGUUACUUUCCAAUUGAUCUAUUGUGGCCCCAAUAUCAUCAAUCACUUCUAUUGUGACGAUAUCCCUCUGAUGGCCCUUGCCUGCUCAGACACUAGCCUCAAGGAGAUCUUGAUUUUCAUCUCUUCUGGGUUCAACAUGACCAUCUCUUUGACCACUGUCCUUAUUUCUUACUUAUACAUCGUGGCUGCCAUCUUGAGAAUACAAUCUGCAGAAGGCAGGUGCAAAGCUUUCUCAACGUGUGCCUCUCAUCUGACCGCUGUGACUGUAUUCUAUGGGACUCUGAUCUUCAUGUAUCUGCAGCCCAAGUCAAGCCAUUCCCUCGACACAGACAAAAUGGCCUCUGUGUUCUACACAAUCAUCAUUCCUAUGCUGAACCCCACGAUCUACAGUUUGAGGAAUCGAGAGGUAAAAAACGCCUUGAAGAAAGCAAUUGAAAAAUGUUAUGUUCCUGCUUCUAACAAAUUUUAA